AUGGAUGAGUUCGAUCAAAAUUUUGAAAAUUAUAAUAAUUUUAAUGAAUAUAUUACCGAAAUGGAAGAAUUAGAAUACGGUGAAAUGCUUAGCACAGAUAUGCAAAUUUUUGAAAUUAAUAAUCCUAAUAUUGAUAGUGAAGAGGAUACAGGAAUUGAAGAUUCUACAGUAGAGGUAGAAGAUACAAAUUCAGAAACUUCUACUAGAUAUUCUGCAGAUGUGUGGGAUCAUGUAGACAAAGAGGAUCGACAUUGUAAAUUUCCAGGAUGCACUACUAUAUUUUCACCAAAGACAAGUACAUCAAGCAUACGGGAACAUCUAUAUAGACAUGG